UACAAAAAAAUAUUCUACUAGAUUUCAAACGUAUAGAGUAACAUGAAUGGUCUGGUAUUCUGUGGAUUACUCCUACGUAACGGCCUACGAUAGCGUGCCGGUGACGUAGCGCGUCUUUCAUAAACAGCGCCCUCAUAAAAGAAUCAUCGUGCCCGUGAACGUUAGUUCUCUGCUGAGGAUCAUCUGAGCUUUGCGUGCAUCACAGCUUCACAAGCGAUGGGACGGUGGAGCAUUUCUCUGCUUAUUGCUGCUUCGGCGUGCGCGGGUAUUGCGCUAGCAAAUUGUCCGGACGCGGCCAGCUUGACUCCGUGUACGUGCGACCACGAGGGCAUGAACUGCAUGCGCGCCAACAAUACGGCUCAGCUUGAAGAAGUCUUCAGGAGCGGAAGCGAGGCCACUAGAGAGCACAACCAGCUGUGGAUACAAAGAACCCCCAUAACGUCGUUCCCGGCAGGCGUGCUGGGCGAGUUCAAGUUCGAGGAAGUUCACGUCGAGCGCAACGCCAAUUUGACCUCGUUCACGAUGGAUUCUCUGGUGCACUUCAGGGAGCUCCUCAACGUCCUCAGUCUGUACGGAAACGCACUUCGGACGUUCGAGUUUGGCAAGUUGAGGCGUUUCCCGUACCUUCAAGUUAUCAACUUGGGCGCCAACCAGCUCACCAGAAUCCCCGACAACGCUUUCCGUAACAAGUAUCUGGAGAGGCUGGGACUGAACGAUAACCCCAUAACGUUCAUCGGGCAAAGGGCCUUCCACCAUCUCUCCAGUCUGAAGCAUCUCGACCUCAGUGGCACAAGGGUGACCACUCUGGGCCCAUACUCGUUGUCUGUACUACGAGCACACCCGGAGUUUGCGAUUGAUCUCGACAACUCUGGCAUCGGGUCGAUCCACCGCAACGCCUUCGACUAUGCCGCACCACUUGUGCUAAGUCUGCGCAACAACCGUCUUGCUACUCUGGAAGAGAACCCAUUCAGGCCUCUCAUCGAGCGCAUGUAUCAGAACGCCCAACGAACGGGCACCCUACCUGUCAUCAACGUCAAAGGAAAUCCGCUGACAUGCCGCGGCUGCUCAUACAAGUGGCUGGUUCAUUACAAAUCAUUUGCCCAAGUACGGGCCAUCCUCUACGACCUCCAGUGCCCGGACGGUUCCGGCCUGUCAAGCCUUAGCGACCAAAAAAUUGAUUGCCGUACUUCCUGGAGCUUUGCGAACAUCGGCUGACGUAUUUAAAACGCAUAAAACGCGCAUAAAAAGUCACACAGUAAAUAAACAUCGUCACCACCAAUGUC